AUGAAGAUUCACAAUGAAGUGGCUAAAGCGACUGUGGAGGCGCAAAUACAGGAGCUAAGGACCAUCACUAGGCUCCAGGAACAAUGUCGGGCGCUCCAGAUCCAGAGUGUGAAGGAGAAGACAGCACAGAACAAGGCUACACUGAGCCUCCUGCGCAGAAACCUCCGUCGAGGGGCCCAUGACUGGGCUUUGGCUAAAAAGUAUGAUCAGUGGACCAUCUCCAAGGCCUGCCGCCCCUCUCAGCCAUAGUCCCGGAGGCUCGCCCACAGUAAAUGUUGCCUAUUAGCAGGCCAGAGGCCGGCGGAAAGCGAAGCGCGUUCUCUCCUCUUGCUCCCUAGGGGGCAGCCGCGGGUCCCCGACCUGCAGCCUCCCUGGGGUCCCCGCGGCGUUCCCUCUUGCACCCACACGCGGGCGCCUUUCCGGACCCAGGUGGCUCGGGAGAAGCUGCGUAAGUACGUCUUCGACCGUGUGAAUGCACACAACGUGCUGAUCCAUCUAGCUCGGCGACGAGGACAGAAGCUGGAGAGCUUGCAGCUGGAACUGGCCAGCCUGCGGAGCCAGCCUGAUGCCACUAAGGAUGAACUAAAGCUGCUGCAGAUUAUCCGCCAGCUGGAGAACAACAUCGAAAAGACCACGAUCAAGAUCACCACCAGCCAGAACAUCCACAUGUUGUACACAGACCUGCUGGAUUAUCUGAAGAAGGUUCUGGCAAGCUAUCCCACAGAGCUAGACAAGCUUCAGAACACGGUGACCAAGUACUGCUUGGAGCUGUCAGAUAUGACGAUCGUGUCCCAAGAUGCCAUGAUGAUUACUGAUGAGGUCAGGAGGAACAUGAGGCAAGGGGAGGCGACCUUCAUUGAGGAGCGAAGGGCACGGGAGAACCGGCUGAAUCAGCAGAAGAAGCUUAUUGACAAGAUCCACACCAAGGAGACCAGCGAAAAGUACCGCCGUGGCCGGAGGGACUUGGAUUUCUCCUCCAAUCUGAUGAGUAUGGAGAACUUGAAGGUGAGGAAAAGAGAAACUUCCAUAGCAGAUAUGGAAUACCAGACGGAAGUGACUACUUUGGUAGAGAAGGUCAAAUCUGCUGUGCAGUGCUCCCACCUCUGGGACAUAGCUGGCCGCUUCCUGGCUCAGAAGAAUACAGAGGAGAACCUGGAGCUACAGAUGGAGGACUGUGAGGAGCGGCGGAGACAGUUGGAGGCCCUGAUGAAGAAGCUGGAACUUGAAGAGGCACUGCUCAAGUUCCACCAGACACCCAGCUCGGAUGGCUUUAAUUCUAUUGAAAAAAAGAUGACGGCCACGCUAGAAGAGGAAAAAGCAAGGCUCCAGCUGGCCCACAACAACGUGAUCAAAAGCCAGCAGCUGCUACUGGCCAUCCAGACAGGUAUUGACAACCUCUACAUCCGGCUCAUCGGCAUCACCUUGCCAGCCACCCAGAAAGAAGCAGCAGUCUCUGAUACCCUUGAUGUGUACGGCAAGCUGGAGUAUUGUGAGGGGAAGCUUAUGUACCUGACUGAGCGCAUGAAAAUGCUGUCCAGAAAUGAGGAGGUGGACACAAUGGUGAGCGACAUCCUGGAGUCAACAACUCUAAAGGAGAAACAUAAUACCAGAAUCACCUUUGAGGACCAAGAAGAGGACGUGAUAGAAACCUUCCAGUUUGCGGACGUGGACCAUAGCUACGUCCCUUCGCGGGCCGAGAUAAAGAGACAGGGCCAGCGGCUGAUUGAGGGCAAGCUCAAGGUAUCCAAGAAGAAGAAGAAGUAGCCUUGUCCGGGCUUUCGUACACAAAUAAACAUUUUUCCAGAACUAC